UAUUUCUUCUUCUACCCCGCCCUAAUUAUUGUAACAGUCCCUUCGUAAUUCGUUAUCGGGUAUAUUGACUUGUUGAUCACGGUACCGACGACACUUUUCGCAGACGUUACCAGCCCUCGGUGAAAGACAAGAAGUGACUCAUACUGAUUGCCUCCAAGCCUUCCGCCCCUUAAACAGUAAACAUGUCCAAAGUGCAAGAAUCUACUGUCAAAAAACCAACCGACACAGAUGUCUCUGGCUUCCUAACAAACUUCUUGAUGGGUGGAGUGUCUGCAGCCAUCUCCAAAACAGCAGCCGCCCCGAUUGAGCGUGUCAAACUUUUGAUUCAGAACCAAGAUGAGAUGAUUAAACAAGGUCGUCUUUCGACACCAUACAAAGGCGUCAUCAACACUUUUGCUCGUACUUACAAGGAUGAAGGCCUCGUCUCUCUCUGGCGAGGAAACACAGCCAAUGUUAUCCGAUAUUUCCCUACCCAAGCACUUAACUUUGCGUUUAAGGACUACUUCAAGACUUUGUUCGGUUUCAAAAGAUCUGAAGGGUACUGGAAAUGGUUUGCUGGUAACAUCGCCUCAGGUGCCGCUGCUGGAGCUUCUUCCCUCAUUUUCGUGUACUCACUUGAUUAUGCUCGAACUCGUCUCGCCAAUGACAACAAGUCCGCAGGCAAGGGUGGUACCCGUCAAUUCAACGGACUUCUUGACGUCUACAAGAAGACUUUGGCUUCCGAUGGUAUCAUCGGUCUGUACCGCGGUUUCGUUCCUUCUGUGGCUGGUAUUGUUGUCUAUCGAGGUCUUUACUUUGGUCUUUACGACUCUGUCAAGCCUGUCGUUCUCGUCGGUGUUCUUGAAGGCAACUUCCUCGCUUCCUUCCUUCUUGGCUGGACUGUCACUACCGCUGCUGGCUUUGUUUCCUACCCGCUUGACACUAUCCGUCGUCGUAUGAUGAUGACUUCGGGUGGUACCGUCCACUACAAGUCCAUGUUCGAUGCUGCAUCCCAGAUCGUCGCCAAGGAAGGCUCGAGAUCAUUGUUCAAGGGUGCCGGUGCCAACAUCUUGCGAGGUGUCGCAAGUGCGGGUGUAUUGUCUUUGUAUGACAAGGCACAGGAGCUCAUGUUUGGCAAGGUUUAUUCUAGCGGUUCUGGGUAGUAAGCUCAAUAAUAGACAACAAACGGUUCCCAGGGUUACGGUGCGAGUGGUAUGUUCCGCAGGAAGUUUGUGGUCUCCGGACGAGAAGUCAAAAUGAUUACCAGAAUACAGUGGAUAUAUGUAGCUGAAAGAUACUUUUAUGCGUUAUGGAAGCGCUUGCCCGACAUGUACCGUAUACAACAGUUAGGGCUCUCUAUAUCAGCAUUCGCUGCAUUUACUGUCAUACUUACUCGCAGACAUCACGAGUAUCAGAUCAGCAUGCAAAGAUAGGCAUCCCU